AUGCCACUGAGUAAACUGGGGAUGCCACUGAGCAAACUGGGGAUGCCACUGAGCAAACCGGGGAUGCCACUGAACAAACUGGGGAUGCCACUGAGCAAACCGGGGAUGCCACUGAACAAACUGGGGAUGCCACUGAGCAAACUGAGGAUGUCACUGAGCAAACUGGGGAUGUCACCGAGCAAACUGGGGAUGCCACCGAACAAACUGGGGAUGCCACUGAGCAAACUGGGGAUGUCACUGAGCAAACUGAAAUAUUUUUCUCUUCUUAGUGAUAAAACCAUAGCAUUGGGUGGAACUCAUCAGUACCAUGAUUGGCGAACUACAAAUGAUGAAGAAGACUGUAAGCGUAUUUUUGAAGAAUGUUGUAAAUUAGUGCCAAGUUUGCGAAGAAGUAAGCUGAUACUAAAACGGGCUGCGUUAAGACCUUGUAGACCAACAGUUAGAUUAGAAAAAGAAGAAAGGCUGGUUCAUGGAGGAAAAGUAAUGAAGGUUGUGCAUAACUAUGGUCAUGGAGGGGGUGGUAUCUCUCUGCAUUGGGGAUGUGCGCAGCAUGCAACUCAACUGGUGAAAGAAUACCUACAGGAGAAACCUGCAAUUUCAAGUCGACUUUGAUAGACAACAUACGAAAUGAAAAUACAAAUAGCUAAUGAAAACUGUGCAAUAAUUAUAAUUUUUUCUGUGUAAAUUUAAUAUAACUCAUCAGUUCAUUUAUUCUGGAUCUGUAGUUAUUUGAAGACUCAAAUGAUUUGCCCUUUUCAAUAUCAUGGUUCAUACUACUAAUUUCCCUACCCCUAAAGUGCCUGUGAAAUGGCUGCUAUUAUCUCGCCUAAAAUCAUUCAUUGGUACAUCAAUAUUAUUAAUUUUUAUGUUUCUAAGCAUAAAAUAUUGUUUUAAAGUG